AUGACGUCUCCGCAAAUUUCAAAUAAAAAUCAAAAUAAAUCCUUGUUCUACGCUACAUUUCUUGAUGGUUUUCGUGGUGUGGCAGCUUUAUGUGUCGUUUGGGCUCACACUCAGACUAUGUAUGAGCAACGUUUGGAUUUAAAUUCAUUCGACUUUUUGGGAUUUUAUGGA